CUGGACUAAAUUAGGCAUUGCAUGUACGGCAUCUGAUUCUACUUAGUCCUGAUCUCCCGGGAAUGGCGAUGGGGUGAGGGGUCAGAGACCUGGCGAGGAGCAGAUUACUAUUUCGUACUGGUCACGAGGACUCUCUCGAUCCCAGCCAGUGCGGCCGUGACGUGUGGCGUUCGUGACUGGGGGAGCCGCGGCCCUACGUGCUGGGAGUCAACGCCGCGCCUGGGUUGGCGUGAAGGCACAUGAUGUUGGCAGCUUGAUACGGCUCGCGAUGUCUCUUGGCACUCGUUCUCGCUGACUCCCUCCCUUCUGUCCCCUCCUAAUGAACUGGUAGCUGCCGUGACGUGUGGAGGUAGUCACAAACAAGGCAGUGAACAGAUAACACACGAGACACACGCGAGUCGGACCACCGCCACUGUAGCCCCGCGAGAAAAGGCCUGGCAUGAAAUUCUCGGUGUGAUCGGUGUCCAGUUUAGCCAGGCAGCCGUCAUGGCGAGCAGUGUUACCGAGGUGGAGGAGAUCCAGCGCCCUGAGCCCGCCACGCCUCAGAUACGUCUCAAGAUCAUAAAUCUCAACCUCAAUGAACGAGGCAGGAGCCUCAGCCCGCCGUCGCGCCACUCGGGCAAGGCAGCUGAACGGCGCAGCGCGGACCAGCGCCUCGCCAGGCGCAGAAUCCACAAACUCCGCAGCUACGAACAUCUGGUGCGCGACCUUCCCCUCGGCCGCAGAGACAAAUACUUAGCACCGCGCCAGACUCACGUCAACGCGGGUAGUCGCAGGGAGGGAGCGCCGGGAAGCCAUGACGCCGAGGGCUCUCUGUACCUGUUCUUUGUGCAGGGAUUCAAGAACGUGGUGAACGGCGACCAGGAGGAGAUGCUGAAGACAAUCCUGGAGCUUCUCAACGAUCAGGUGGUGGACCAAGCUGUGUCGGUAGCCAGACAGGAGCCUCUGUUCCUAUGCGAGGACAGCUCGUCGCGGGGCCAGCCCCUGCAGCACGCCGCGCUGCACGGUGCCCUGCUGACCCUCAACGAGCUGGCGGCGCUCAUCCACUCUGCCUGGCACAGCCACUACGCUCAGAUCCUCAGGGACGCGUGGAUGGGGUUCGGCUGCGUGGGCGCCAUGGUGGUCAUGUCGUCUAUGCGACAGCGACAGUGAGCCGCUGUCCCCACAUUGCGACGGUUCGGCGUUUUGGCGGCGCGAGGAAGCGGUAGACACGCACACAGUAGUGAGAUUAUUGUUAACGCACGUGUACAUAGACUGAACGCAGUGAUCAGUAAAGUGAUUACACUUUCCUAGCGUGAUACUCGAUGAGAUAAAACCACAAAUUCUUGCCGAGAUGUGAUAUGUAUUUUUCUAUGUUACAUAUAUCUUUCUGAGGCUUUCAAUACCUUAACCAAUCAUUCCAUCUAAAUUUAUAUCUCACCUCGCGGUGGAGGAGCUGAUGGGCCGCCACCACGUGACUCGUGGCAGAGCCGGCCACUUGUCACGGCUCAUGGGAUCUUAUCAGUGUUAUGGACACCUUUCUGAUUGGACGUGGGAGGAGACACGUGUGUCUGCCAGAAGACAGUAAACUCAUGGUCAGUAAUGAGUGCUCAGAUGGCGAGGAGCAGCAGUUCAUUUUUAUAGGAAGAAAGUGUGUUCAAUAUGACAAGAUCGCCAUCUCCAUCGGCAGUCAGUCACAUGACACCGAGAUAUAUCCACUGAUGUGUCAAGUGCGGCGUGCGAGGCCCGCACUGAUACUGACAAGUUGGCGAGUGACGAGGUGCUCUCACGUGCCUUGACGCAGUGACCAACACACGAACAUUUGUCAUCACACACUUGAGACAAUCCUUCAUCAUCAUUCCUCUUGGAUCAAGAUGACGGCACAACUAAAGUGGUACAUCGCGCCUCGCUCAACAGUACCUGUCCACACAACUAACCAGAACAACACACUAAACUUCCUACUGUUAAAUUAUGAAUAAAUGAUAAAAAUUCGGAUAUCCAUUAACCAACUCACAUAAGCAUGACAAAGCAGUUUCAAAUAUCAAUAAAGAACGUCUGCUGAGCAGAAUAUUAAUGAACAUUCAUUACUAAACAGCUGCACUAAAUUUCCAAUAUUUCACGUAAAAUAUGAAAAAAAAAAAAAUAGAUGAUACCUAAUAAAUUACAUUGCUAGUCUUGAUAUCAUAUAAUCAAUGAAGUGCCCUUAUUUUAUGACUCAUCUAACAAACCCAAAGCUAUCUUAGUGUUCUGUGGUAUAAUUCCUACAAUACUUUUAGUAAAUAUUGUAUAAUGUUGAUGUCCAGUGAACGUUUGGCUGUGGACGAGUGAUCCACCGUGACAACUCUUAAUGGACCAAGCCAAAGAGAAUAGUUAAGACAAUACAUAUUCUGUGAUGGGCAGAUGCAGGGAAAACAUGUCUGACAAAAUUGUACUAUUACCAAUAUAAUUCCUGGAUAAUAAUAAAAUUGGAGAGUGGAGCUUAAUGUCUGUACUGGACACCACUUCCACAACACAGGGGGAUGCUGUCUUCAUGUACAGCAUCACCUGGUUCUCUACACUCCCCUCCUCACCCAUUCACUCAAUCCACACAAGUUGGCCAAUCUUCUAUGAAUAUUUUUAGGGCAUGGCCACUUCACUAGCUGGUACGUGAACCCAGUCAUUCUUACUCACACUUAUAAACAGCCUGAGCCUGUUUCUGAUCACCCCCAGAAUCUCUCUCUCUCACUCUCUCUCUCUCCUCUGCCAAGGAUAGAUGUUUCUCAAGUUAAGUGGUUAUAUAACAUUUUUUUCCCACAAGUAGAGGCCAGUCAGAGCUUAAUGUUAUAAUUUGUGAAGUGUGCCAUGAAUUUUUAGAGCGACUCACUGACUUGUUUCCUUGUACAAUGAUCUUAAAGCAAAUACAUUUCUUUGGGUAACUGAAUAUUAGAACAAUUGAUACAAGACAAGUCUGUUGCGAAGAGGCAUCUUCAGUCUACAGAGAAUAUUAAACUGGAAUGUUUGAAAAUCUGUAAAUACUUAUGCAGUCUUUUGACACUCCACAUAUUCUUGUAUAUGAAAAAAAGUCAUUGUUGAGAUGCAUAAAUUUUGCCAUUUAAUAAAUAAGUCAAGAAAAUGAUAUUCUAUUUGCCACUGCAGAUACAAAACUUUAGUUGAAAUCUUAUCCUCAGCCUGUGAACACUUAACUGUCACCUUUCAUAAAAGACCAAAAGACCUUAACAACAGGAAAGCCCACUCUGCUACAAUGAUCUGGUGUAGUUAAAAGAUGCACCCAAUGACUACCACCACAUGGGUACUCACCAAUCAUGUUGAGUGCGGCAGCAGACACUGCCUUGCCCACUGGAUUCUCAGCAAUUAUGGCAAUCCUGCCAGCCUGCAUCAUAGAUGUGACCGGCACCUCCAGAGUGUGUUUGUUGCCAGUGCCCCCCAGCACAUACUGGAGAUGGCCGCGCUGGUACUCCUGGCCCGUGAUGGGGCAGUCAUUCAAGGUCCAGGUGAUCUGUGAUGGUGAAGGAAAUAUGUAUAUAAAGACUGCUGUUUUCAUUGUCAUUAUCAUAACCAUUACUGUCAUUCCCAGGGAUCAGAAUUCAGGUUAGUCAACUAAGUCAGAAUUCAACCCUUGGAUUAUAUAAAGAAUGGACACUUGCUAUGUGUCCUGCAAAUGUGUGUGCAAAUAUAACCAUUCUAAAUCCUAUGGUAGAGAGGACAAGGGCCGACCACACCCCCUGGCUAAGGUGAAGCAACAUUGCCAACAUGUAAUGAAAGACAACCAGGAGACACUGAGUUUUCUCUCCUUUGUAUCACCUUCCCACAUGAGAUGAUGUAAUGUUUUGUCUCAGCUAUCUUUUCAAUGUCAGUCUGUCUGGUGUCUGGUGUACAGAUAAAGAGGUAGAUUUACAUUUUGAUUAUUAUGAUAAAUGGAUCUGCUAUUCUCAAUGAGGUAAUGAUAUAUGAAUUAGUAUAGGUAACAUUUUACAAGAAUAAGAUGUAUAGAUUUAUGUAGAAAACAUUACUUACAGUUUUUCUUUAAAAAACUAUCCACCAAAGUUUUCCCCGUCCACUGUACAAUAAAAACCAACAAAUAUUUCUUAAGAAUUCACUUUGAAACUACCCUUCAAUUUCUCUGUUUUUUAAGCAAGUGAAUGUUGUAGUCAGUCCACAGAAAACACCAAUUUAGCCUGUAGAAAUUUUCCGUGAUUUUCCAUGUAAGACUGCAAGAGUUACUUCAUCUGUUGUGUCCUUCAAGCCUUACAGAGCACAGAAUUUGUUGUAGCUAUGUAUAAGAUUAUGAAAUGCAUAUCUCAUCUGUGGUAUGAUGUCUGAUUAUUUAUUCAACGAAGUUUAUUGAAGUGUGAUAGAACAGUAUUGAUAUUAUAUAAACAUGACUACUGGUGUGCAUUAUGACAGCAUUUUGUAAAUCAUUGUCACAAAUCCAUUUAGCAUUACUGUAGGAGUUGAAGAAAUAAAAACAUGUUUGGCAUGAACAAUAUACAGCCUCUCUCACUGAACAUUUCAGGUUGUAUUCAGUUAUUCCUGUUGCCAAAAAAAAAUUGGCGGGUGUGUUUACAUUUCCACUUUUCUUACAAGGACCAUUUUGACAUAUCUAUUAAUAAGCAUAAGCUGUGUACAUAAAUGUGUGUGUGUGUGUGUGUGUGUGUGUGUGUGUGUGUGUGUGUGUGUGUGUGUGUGUGUGUGUGUGUGUGUGUUGGCUCCAAUACAGAAUGCCUUAAGUCUGCCUCACACAAUGACUGACUUAGACACAAAGGCACUACAACAACAGAAAACAGUAAAUGUAAGACAGCAAGAUGACAGAGGCCUUGAGGCAAGACAUAAGUGGAGGCUGGCAGAGAAGUCUUAAGGCCACAGCUACACAGUAAAGUGGAGCAGA